AUGACUACUUCUUUGGAUCACCUCAAGGCCACUGGCACCACCGUCGUCAGUGACUCUGCAAUCGGAAAAUACAAGCCUCAAGAUGCCACCACCAACCCAUCCCUCAUCCUCGCUGCCUCCAAGAAGCCAGAAUAUGCCAAGCUCAUGGACGUAGCUGUUGCAUACGGCAAGGACCACGGCAACACAAUCGAUGAGAAGGUCGAUGCAACCCUUGACCGUCUCCUAGUCGAGUUCGGCAAGGAGAUCUUGGCCAUUGUCCCCGGAAAGGUUUCCACCGAAGUCGACGCCCGAUUCUCAUUCGACACCAAGGGAUCAGUUGACAAGGCCCUGCACAUUAUCGAGCUCUACAAAUCCAUUGGCAUCGACAAGUCCCGCGUCCUGAUCAAGAUCGCCUCAACAUGGGAGGGUAUCCAAGCAGCCCGCAUCCUGCAACGCGACCAUGCCAUCAACGUCAACCUGACCCUCAUGUUCGCCAAGGCUCAAGCCAUUGCCGCCGCCGAGGCCGGUGCAUUCCUCAUCUCCCCCUUCGUCGGCCGAAUCCUCGAUUACUACAAGGCCACGACCGGAAAGACCUACUCCAAGGAGGAUGACCCAGGUGUUGCUUCCGUCAAGGCUAUCUUCAACUAUUACAAGAAGUUUGGAUACAAGACUAUUGUUAUGGGUGCUUCGUUCAGAAGCAUUGGUGAGAUUACUGAGUUGGCUGGUUGUGAUUAUUUGACUAUUUCCCCCAGCCUCCUCGAAGAACUCCAGGCUUCCACCGAGCCCAUCCCUAAGAAACUCGAUGCCUCUGCUGCCACAAGCCUCGAUAUCGAAAAGAAGACGUACGUCGACGACGAGUCUACUUUCCGCUUCGACUUCAACGAGGACCCUAUGGCCGUCAACAAGUUGAGCGAGGGAAUCAGCAAGUUCGCCGCUGAUGCCGUAACAUUGAAGGAUAUCCUCCAGAAGAAGAUUGAGUCUUCGUAG